GGUAUCUAAAGAUGUUGCAGUGCUGCAAAUGUAAGCAGUGGUUUCAUGAGGCUUGCGUGCAGUGCCUCCAAAAGCCAAUGCUUUUUGGUGACAGGUUUUAUACGUUCAUUUGCUCAGUUUGCAGUUCUGGACCAGAAUACCUCAAACGUUUACCCUUGAGAUGGGUAGAUAUAGCACAUCUAUGCCUUUACAACCUAAGUGUUAUUCAUAAGAAGAAAUACUUUGAUUCAGAGCUUGAACUCAUGGCCUACAUUAAUGAAAACUGGGAUAGAUUGCAUCCUGGUGAGCUGGCAGAUACACCAAAAUCUGAAAGAUAUGAGCAUGUACUGGAGGCAUUAAAUGAUUACAAGACCAUGUUUAUGUCUGGAAAAGAAAUAAAGAAAAAGAAGCAUUUGUUUGGCUUGAGAAUUCGUGUUCCUCCUGUGCCACCAAAUGCUGCUUUAAAGGCUGAGAAAGAACCAGAAGGAACUUCUCAUGAGUUCAAAAUUAAAGGCAGAAAGUCAUCUAAACCAAUCCCUGAUGUGAGGGAAUUAAGUAAUGGUAUAGAAAGAAAAGGGAAAAAAAAAUCAGUAGGUCGUCCACCUGGUCCCUAUACAAGAAAAAUGAUUCACAAAACUCCAGAGUCAUCUCCUCUGGAUAACGAACCAGUUCCAGUGAUAGAGAACCCAGCCUUGGAAUUACCCUGCACUGUUGGGAAAUCUGAUGGAACUGCACAUUCAUCUAAUACCUCAGAUGUGGAAUCCACAGGUGCUGCCAGUAUGAAAGAAACUACCUCAUCUAGCAUUUCCAGACAUUAUAGUUUAUCUGACUCGAGAAAAAGGACUCGUACAGGAAGAACUUGGCCUGCUGCAAUACCACAUUUGAGAAGAAGAGGUCGCUUUCCACGAAAAGCACUCCAGACUCAAAAUUCAGAAAUUGUGAAAGAUGAUGAGAGCAAGGAAGAUUACCAGUAUGAUGAACUCAAUACAGAGAUACUUAACAACUUAGCAGAUCAGGAGUUACAGCUCAAUCAUCUAAAGAACUCGAUUACUAGUUAUUUUGGUGCAGCAGGUAGAAUAGCUUGUGGGGAAAAAUACCGUGUUUUGGCUCGUCGGGUGACACUUGAUGGAAAGGUGCAGUAUCUGGUGGAGUGGGAAGGAGCAACUGCAUCCUGACUGUAGGACUGAACAUUAUGUUCACUGCACUGUCAUCUGUAAGUACAGUUCAUAAUGCAGAGCCACGAGAGAAACGUGUCUUUAAAUGUGUUUCUAAAAACAAAACAAAACCAGUUUAGCCUUAACAUGUAACUGUUAUCAUUACAGCUCUUGUGAUGAAGACUUAUCUUUUUAAAAUCUGAUCUGAAACUUAAAUUUUUUAAUCUGAACAUUGUUAGAUUGUUUUAGGUUGGGAUAUUUUGGGUUACAAUUGCUUAAAAAUGUGCAUGGUGUUU